UUGAGAUGAAGUCCUUGCUGUUUGCGUUGGGCCUCGCCCUCUGUUGUGCCAUCCAGGCUGAAUGGGAAGAAGUCAGCACCUCCAGGAAACAGGAUAUGGGUCGCUGGGUGAGCUCUGUCAUUGCGUGCGAUUCACCAGAGCACCUGGGGCAAAUAAGUGAAAUGACGGCAUUUGUCGCUGACCUGUCAAGCCCACAGGAAGACGUGUUUAUCAUUUCAGCCCUCAUCCCCAUGCCGGAGGGGUGCAAGAACAUAACACACCAGCUCAGAAAAGGAGAAGAUGGAAAAUAUCACACUUCCGCUGAUCGUACAGAUGUGACUGUGGAGUCAGUGAAAGUCUGGGGCGAGUUCGUCAUGUCCACCAUCAAGUUCAAAGAUUUGAAAGCCACAACCCUUCACGGUCGGACUGUAGCUCUGGAUCCAGAGAUGCUCGAGAAAUUUAAAGAAGAAUGCAUCAAGCUCGGCUACAAAGACGAUGAGAUUGUGGUUUUAAAGCCAACCGUGAGGUGCGAAUAAGAAUAGGUGACCAGAGCAGAGGCCUGGAAACGGCCAGGGGCAGCAGUUGGGGGUGUUUCGGGCUUGGCUCAAAUUCCAGGGAGGAAUCUUAAUAAAGAAGAUUCAGGAAAUGC